UGAACAUUCUGAUCACCGAUCAACGACAUCACAAGGAAAGCACUUUCCUACCAGUUCUACCAACGGAUCAUCUACUUCCGGUGGUAGAACUGGUAGAAAAGCGAAGCGUUGCGCCUUCCAGCUCUCCAUGUCGGGACAGCUGAGUUUGGGUACAGAGGAUUCCGGCCUUGCAGCUCAUGCGGCGGCGGUUGCAGGUCUUGUUGAUUUGCUGCAGGUAGAAGGUGGAGAACAAGAAAAACAAGCGGAAAGGGCGGCUGAAGCAGCUGACAUACAUCACGGGCAGUCACCUCGUGAUCAGGCAGCGCAUGAACUGACACACCACACUGAAAAAACACUCGAGCCUUGUGUUCCAAGUCGCGAAAAUCAGGUUGGAGGCAUCGCUGACGAAGAGAUACAGAAGGAAGCCGCUCACAAGGAAACCGAGGAGGUUGGCAGCGUUAGGAAAGAUGAUAGUGGAACUGAUAAUAUUUGCCGAACUCUUUCUCCUCAUUCUAGUACCACGCCAGAUUUGAAGAAGCCCCGACAUUCUAUUUCGGAGUCCCUGCGCUCGUCCGCCACUUUGGAUAAAUCAGACGAUGAUGUUGUCCGAGUGAAUAACGACCUGCUUGAUGAGACCGCUUUUGGGGAGGACGCAAAGAACGGCGUUGCAGAACAGGCUCAUUGUGCCAUUGUUAUGGUCACAGUUUUGCGUCAUGAUCAAACUCGAAUACCUUAAUAUGUGAAUUUGUUAUCUACUACUUCUACUUUCCUCUUUCUGUGCGGCUGCGGCUUCUAAUUUGGGCGUAGUACUUCCGCCGUUCGAUUUUCCGUCAACUUCGAUUGCAUGUUCCAACGAGCUUCCAGCCGAAAUAAGGAGCUCGCUUUGCCUGGGGCCUGUGAAUGACGGUCAUGCGAAAUUACAUGCCGAAAAGCAAGGACAGAAAAGAGUAGGGGCAACACCGGUGCCGCAAGAUCACGAAAGCAGUCACAUCUCAAGGGGUGGAAAAGAUGACGACGAUUCUUCGAUUCGCUUAUCGCGCAGCAUCGUUGUCGGCGAGGCGACAGCUAACGGGUCGAAAAGUAGUGAGAUUGGCAGUGAGGCUUGUGCUGGACUAGCAAGGAAAGACCAGGAGUCAAAGCUCUUCACUCAGCAGCAGCAGCUGGAUUCGGUAUUCUACAUGUCGGUUUCUGAUGAAUGUGUAUGAUAUCAAAAUCUCAUCACAUACAACACGUCUCAUGCGGUUCUAUCUUUGAAUGUUCAGCAGCCUCUCCGAGGACGCCGACGCUUCAGAUUAUUAUAUCAACGUGACUACACAGUGAACAAAUACAGGUAGUAUCUCGGCCUGAAGCAAAGGCACUGGAGGUCGCUAGAAGUGAGAAAGUGAUUGGGAGCAUGGAAGAAACAGUGGCGGUGGUGGGUUCGUCAGCUUUUCAUGGACAGGGCCCACCUGUUGUGGACAUACACCAGAGUCAUUCGCUUAAUGCGUCAAGCGUCAGAUCAUCACAGAAGCAGACCUUCCCAGAUGGGCAGCAAGAAAAUGUGCAGGAAGACGCGCCACGUGUAGCGAAGAGCGUAGCUGCUAGAAAAGGCUGUCAACACCUUCAACAUCUGGGGAAGACAGCUGUUGGUUUAAGUAGAGCACAAAACAAACAUGCGACGUCAUCGACUUCACUACUCGACUCGGUAGAUUACUCUCCCACUCCGCGGUCUGGGCGAGUAGCCCCCGCGCUAGUACUUCCACCGAGUAACGUUGCAGGAACGCCGCCGCGCCUAGGCGACGGAAAUGACUUGCUCAUGCGGGAACAGGCACUAGAAGAAGAUCGAAGGCGAAUGGAGGCCUAUUGCAGGAAAAAUAGCUACAGAUUAGGUAGAAGUGAGAUCGCGGACUAUUUUGAGGACCGAUACGCUGCUCUCCAUCGUCGAGAUUUGUCCUUUGAUGACCGGCGACGGGCCGCUUUGUAUGAUCGACACCACUACAACAUAGAGGAGCUGCAUGAAGUUGAAGCCCAUCAUGACGCUAGAAGGAGGCAGU